ACAUCGACGAGCGAUGAAUACCUCCACGAUGCCCGAGUAUCGAACGAAAACACUGCGACCAAAGUGACGGUGAAUGCACCAUCCCUCAGUUCUCCGAAGAGAAAAAUAUUCCACUUUCUUGGGGUCACACUUGCAAUUUUUUCCACGUUAUUUUUGUCUGUAUCUUCUUUGCUCUUUAAACUUGCACAAAGCAUCCCUAGCUUGGAGAUCGUUUCCACUGUAUUGACAUUACAACUCGUUUUCUCUCUCCCAGCCAUGAUAUUUUUGAAGGACCAGUUUAUUCAUCCGUGGAAGAAAACGAGAUUUCUUAUCCUCCGUGGUGUGACUGGAGUUACAGCUAUGAGUUUGAUGGUUUAUUCGGUAAAGCACAUGCCACUGGCAGAUGCAAGGGUGAUAUUUUAUACAUCUCCAGUUUAUACAACGCUUUUGGGUAGGAUCUUCCUCAAAGAAUCAGUGAGCAAGUUUGAUUUGAUAGCCAUUUUGUUAGGUUUAGGCGGCGUUGUGUUAAUUGGAAGACCCUCGUUCCUGUUUGGCUCUUUGGGGAAAAGUUCCACCUCUGAAAAGGUCUGGCUGCCUACUAUUCUUGCAGUUCUCUCAGCAGUUAUGUUUGCAUUUGCCAUUAUCAUGGUUAGAAAGACAUCCCAGGAAGUUAGCACAAGAGUAGUGGUAUUUUAUUAUGCUCUUGUUGGAUCUGUCAUUAGCCUGUUGGCAUCACUGAUUUCUGGAGAAUUUAAAUACCCUGACUGUGGAACUCAUGAUGUUGUUUAUGCCAUUGUUUCAGGUACGCUCGGCUAUUUUGCGCAGUUACUGUCAACAAAGGCGUGUCAACUAGAAAAAGCCAGUGUAAUUUCAUUGGUUCGCACGAUUGGAAUUGUUUUCUCUUUCAUCCUCCAGUUAAUAUUUUUAAACGUUAUCCCAAAUGGACUGAGUAUUGGUGGCGCAAUUCUUAUCCUUCUUUGUAAUGUAGUUAUUUUCAUCAAAAAAUUGUUAAAUCAGAAAAGGGAACAAGACUAAGUGAAUAUAUGUGGAAUUACAGUGAUAUACUCCUUAUGCAGAAGAGGAUCCACAAAAUUCAGAAAUGGAGGCCAGGACACUUGCAAGCUAUAAGAUACUGUUUAUUAUACUUGGAAUUCUUUAAUAAUAAUAUAAAAAUUUCACAGAAAAAAUUUGGGUGUGGUGGGGGGGAGGGUUGGGGUCUCACCUCCCCUAAAUCUGCCAAUGUUAUGCAUUAAUCAGUGUUAAUAUUCCCCCAGAGUGCCACAUAUUUUCUGUAUGCUGCUUGCCUGAGGUGGUGGUGGGAGUGGGGGGUAGAGGAAGUGCCACUUGAUGGAAAUAUUGUGGAUUUCCUCAACUGUAAACUUGUUGACAGAAGAAGAGCCAGGUCAAGCUAGGCCUAUAGUGGGAAGAAUAGCUUGUGUGGGGAUUGAUUCAAUAAUUUGGACAAUAAAAAAAUCAAUCAAGUGAAGUCUUUAUUCAUGCCCCUCAGUCAAGCUAAGACCUUUCUACUUGAACCCGGAAGUGGGCACUGGGUCACCUCAUGCACCCUUCUAAUUCCAAGGCAAUCCACUCCUUUGUAUAUCUAUGCUUCUAAGCUCACAUAUGAAAAUGGUGUCUGAAGGGGUGAAAUAAGGCAAUCAUGUACAAUGGGUUUCAUAUUCAGAAUCCAAGGCGUGAACUCAAACCCAUUUUGUGCCAGUACCCAGGCCAGAGGCGGGGGUACUUUCUAUAAUGACCUAUAAGAUGAGGCUCUGCCUGAAAACAAAACAAACAUAGGACAACAAUUUUAAAAUAAAUUUAAAUGUUAUGUUAGUUUUUCGAUACUUUGUAACUUUCUUGUUUUGCUCAAAAAAUUUGUAGCUCUUAAGGUCACCCCAUCCAUUAAAAAAUCCCCUGUUGGAUCUGCCCAACGACAUAAUUAAGACUCUUCAAUAUGCAAAACAGUCACCUAGGGACAUGGAUAAACAAAUGGAAAUAUCCCCAAAAUAAAAAAGCCUUGUGAAGCCAACCAGAAAUUGCCAUGUUUUGAGACAAACGCCAACUAAAUAAAUAUUUUGGUGGCCAAUAAAAAUCAUCCUUUUAAAAAAACCUCAAACAAAAACAGUUUUUGAAAGACUAGGGACAUGCAUACCUCCCUGCCCCCAAAAAAAGGCCUGAUAUUUCAUUUAAUUUUAAAUACCAUUUGUAUUUUGAGUUUUAGUUAUUAAAGGGUGCCAUCUUUUAUCAAAAUAAUAAUAUAAGAGAGGUGCAACCACAGGCAGCCCGCUCAUGCUAGAAACAUAAUCAAACUACACUAUCUAAAACGCCAUUAAACUAAUGUGCUACAACAACCUAGCUUGGUGCAUGUUGCAAAAUUCGCUGAAUGUGUUGGGAGGGACAGUUUCUUUUGCCCCACUCAUGGGCGUCUGAUUUGCUAUGAUCACUAGAGAUAGCCCAACUGUUUCUACUACAAAAGUUAACCAGCAAAGUCUUUCUGCACUGAUGCAAAUAGGCCCCUACUUAACUAUUCAGAAUUCCCCUACCAGUCAAUUCGAACCUGCCAGUGUGAACUUCAUGUCGCACAUCUCCUAUUGUACUACUUCUGGAUAACAGCAUGUACAAAAGGCCACCCCAGCAGUGGGGGCAUUUUGGACAUCAGUUUUUUUGAUUUAUGAGUUCUGAUUUACAGUUUGUGAUUUUGGGUUUCAGUUUUUGAUUUCUUCUUUCUGAAAUCAAAUUUAUGAAUUCAGUUUUCUAUAAAUCAGGAGGCAAUUACCUACAAUAUUUGUUAUCUUUCUGAUUUUGGAAAAUCAAAACACAGAUUGGCCACAGAUCUCCCUGAGUCUUGCCUAGCUACUUUAGCUAAGGGUGUAAGGUGAAUAAAGUUAAAUUUCCACUAACGGCCAUCUCUCUACAUCGGCUACUUUUUUGUCCCAGCUGUUGGACUCUUGUUUAGACAACUCCGCAAAGGCCAUCUCACUUUCUUCUAUCCUCAAGGUGGCCACUCUGGAGAGGUUCAAUUGAACAUUCAAACUGCAAGCUCCUUGCUUAUUUUAACAGCCAUCUGAUUAUUUAACAGCCAUCUAACUAAGACUGGUUGACCUUUUUCUUCUGAUCCAAAUACUUUUUCAGGAAAAUAGCAACAUUACAAAGGAGCACAAGGAAAGCUCCACCAAUGCUCAGCCCAUUUGGAGCAACAUGGAGUACAGUCAACUGCAAGAUAAAUGAGAAAGCAAUUCCAACAGUCCUCACAAGGGAAACAACAGAGGCUUUCUCCAUACUCAAGGCCUUUGUCACAAUUAACUGUGCAAUAUAGCCAACAGAGGCAGAGCCUAUGAUGUAAAAGGUGUCAUAGGUUCCACAGUCGGGGUACUUGUAUCCGCCAAAUAUCAAUGAAGCUGAUAGACCAAUCACAGUUCCAGCUAAUCCUGAAUAAAACACUACCACUCUAGCAGGCAAUUCUUGAGAUAUCUUGCGUGUCAUGAUAAUGCCAAAUGCUUGACUACAGGCCCCACAAAGGGCCAAAAUAGUGGGCAACCAGACUUGUUUCGAGCUAGAACUUUUGCCUAUUGACCCGAACAGAAAUGAAGGUCUCCCAAUCAAGACCACCCCUCCUAAACUCAGCACCAUAGCCAUCAGAUCAAACUUGGUCACCUUUUCCUUGAGGAAAAUGCGGCCAAGAAGAACUGUAAACACAGGGGAGGUAAAAAUGAUAACUCUUGCAUCAGCUAAAGGCAUAUGCUUUACGGCGUAAAUAUUUAAAUUCAUCCCCGUGGCACCAAUUGUUCCUCGCAGAAGUAAAAAGCAGAUCUUUUUCCAUGGAUAGAUAAGUUUAUCAUUGAAAAAUAUCACCACUGGCAGUGAAAACACAAAGCCUAAUGCCAGACGCAUGAAUCCAACCUCCAAACUUGGGAUGCUCUCAGCUAGUUUAAUCAUCAGAGAGUUUGCAGAAAAUAAUAAAGACGCUACUAUGGUUAAUGCUAUUCCCAGAAAGGCGAUCGUUUUUGUCUUGGAAUGGUUUGUGCGGUCUUUUAUGACAAAAUUUUCGUGCUCCGCCGACGUUGGAUGGCCAUUUGCCGUCUCUACGCCAACGGUAUUAACGUUGCCAUCUUUAGAUGAUACUUCUGAAUAAUCUGCAUUUUCUGCAGGAUUUGGGUUAUGUAUAGUUAUUUCGGAAAAAUCCUCACGAAGCUCUAGCCUGGUGUAGUUUUCCGACAAGUUAAUUCCCUCAACGCGUUCAAUCCUUCGCCGAAUUCUGGUGAUCAGUGGAGAGAAAAUUCUUGUAGCCAUGAAGUAGCGUGCGCCGUACGUUUUUCGUUCAAGUAUUUGCUUUCUAACGAUUCUUAGGAAGCGACGAUGUAUUUAAAUAUCUGCAAUUGUUUACUGACUUUGCAAUGAUUGAGUGCUGUUGCAUCCAGGUGUCGUAAUAUCCACGUUCAUAUCACGGGGAUACACAUAUCACUGUCACACCUGGUGAAUCACUCACGUAACAUCCGGGAUUCCAGUUCGUCACGAUUGUCGGGUUGCGUUCGCGCUCCUAACUAUUUCUUACUUACUAUUAAAAAAGUAAGUAAGUUAGUAAGAACUUUAUUAUAGUGUCAAAGUCUAUAGCAUACAAUGUACACUACUUGGGGACACCUAACUACAAUUACUUGUCUAAUAGUCAAUAAAAAAAUUAUCUAAUACUCAAUAAAAUACUCAAUAAUAAUGUAAUAAUCAAUUAAAUUCCGUUUAAACCCUUACAAACUGGAGUGGUAAAGACCCAUGAUAAGGACUCCUGUUACUGUUUCCCUCAACCCCACCAACCCCGAAGGCCUCUAGACUAGCCUAGCCUUAGCCUAGCCACACUGACUAGCGAAAAUUUUUUCGUGUUAUAUGCACAGGCUUCCCAAACUCACUAUUUGAGCGUUAACAUACCCUGAUACCGGGCAUUCAGAACAUUAAAAGUUUGACAUUUGAACCAUUAUAAUACCAACGAAUUAGGUUUUAAAGGAGUAUAAAGAGCGACCAGCUUCCCGAACGAAAUAUUCGUGGUCGAUGUCGUCGAUAGACUUGCCCACAAGCACAUGAGUCGAACUCGAAAAUUUUUCUCGAAGUGAAGCGCUAGCGCGUGGGAGACUUUUGUUACGUUUUCUGCGAAACCGGAAAUGAGAAGCGAAGGACUUUUGAGAAAGUCUUUGUCGUCGACUGCAAGCGAGAGGGGGUCCAAUAGAACCAUAGAGUUGUUGUUGCUGCUGGUUUUCUUUUUUUGCGAAAUUCCUCAUUAUUUCCUGCAUGCUUUUCCCCCCCAAAAUUCUUUUUUUAGUUUUAUUUGUAUUUUACUUUUUUCACUGUUCUUUGAUAUUUAGAUUAUUUUAUUGAGUUUUUUUACUUUGUUUUAUUUGUUAUGUAUUUUAUUUUUUCAAAUUCUUUCAUUUAAUUAAUUAGGCUUGUAAAUUAACUUUAAUUUCCUGUCGUAUUACCUUAAGUAUUAAACAGUAAUUGUUGUCCUGUCACGCAGGGGUUGUGUUACUUACUAUGAUUUUUGAAAUUGUGGUAUCUGCCGAGUUUGAAAUUAGUUAAGCUAAAAGUGGAUGUUUAAAAAAAGAGUGAAAAAAGGAAGGGGUGAAACCACUGAAAUUAUCUGUUAAAAAUACAAAACGAUGCGUGAUUCGCUACAUGUAUAACAUUCGGCUACAUCAUUCUAAGGUUACCAUAGCAACGUUAAUAAUUGCAGAAUGAAAAUGUUAUUCGGGAAAGAAGACAGUCAGCCAGGAAAUGUUCUUUUCGACUGUGCAUGGCUUUGUGGUCGUAGAGUUCUGUGGGUGAUUGAAUUUAGUUAGACACCUUUUAACCAUGCAAGAACCGUGGACAAAGGAAGAUUUUAAAUUGACGUUGAAAGAUUCUCCGCCUGAAGAAACGAGCUCGGACGUGCACUUUCCACCGAUAAAAACAAUUAAUCCGAUGAUGAAGCCCGAAAUCACCAUUGUCUGUAUGAAAUGCGAGGAAGAAAUAAAGGUUCGACAGUUGAAAGAGCAUCAAGAAUUCCACAACGCACUGGAAAUGUUUCGAUUUAGUAUGGAAAGAAAGCCUUCGAGCGUGAAACAGCUGGUCAAACGAAGGCGAGCUAUCAUGAAGCGCUUGAACGAAGCGGCGAACUCCGAGAAUCCAGUUUCGAUGAAGAAACUUCAGAAGCUUAAUCUCGCCUACGAGCUUCUUAAAGCUGACAUCGAAGGCACAAGUACGACUCUUCGAAUGUUGGAUGAAUAUUUUCAAAUUCAACCGAGCUUACAGGGACACGGAACACCGUUGAACUGCGCACUUGCGUUUGGCGUUUGCCAAUACGAGAACGCGCGUUGGAAAACAUCAAUGGAAGAUCGAUAUGCGUUUAAAGACUGCUUCUGCAACGAUCCACAGAGCGGAUUUUUUGCUGUUUAUGACGGGUAUUCUGGAACUAUGGCUGCGGAGAAAUGCGCGCGUUACCUGGGUGAAAUCGUGGAGCGAAAAGUCGAGGCAAUUUACAACACCAACAUGAUACAUGAAACUGUCAAUGCGGAAAUUGUGACGGCUUUCAAAGAUGCCUUUGAAGAAAUGGAUAGAAUUCUACUCUAUGGCGUUGAAGAGCAUUCGCGCAAUCGUUGGAGCGGGUGUUCGGCGCUUACUUGCUUACUACGAGGAAAUAACUUGUACGUUGCGAACGCGGGGAAUAUUAGAGCGGUGUUGUGCCGCGGGGAUGGGUCUAUUGAACGGUUGUCAACCAACCACUGUCCCAAGGAUAAGAAGGAAAGGCACCGGGUAAGGAAAGCGAAAGGAGACAUCUCUAAAAGCGAUAAAACGGCCUUGGUCAACGGAGUAUUGAAAAGCACUCGAGGCCUAGGAAAUCAUGGCGAUCCAAAUUUAAAGACCAGUGUCAUUAAGACUCCUGCUGUAAAUUGUCUAACUUUAGAAGAAUCAGAUCAGUUUCUGAUCCUUGCUUCUAAUGGUGUCUGGGAGGUUUUGAGUGAAGAAGAGGUCAUUCUUCUCUUGGAAGAUAUAAUACCGGAUAUUGAUGUCAAAGCUAUUGUGAAAAGAAUGCAAGAGAGGGCAUCUGCUCUUGAGGUUGGGUUGCCUGUUCCAAAAUGGGAUGAAAUUCCCAGACGGGACAGGGGGGUGGCUAACGAGGGGGACAAGGAUAUUGAAGCGGUUUCCACUAGUUUAAAUGAAGAGAAAUCAGAAGGUGAAGGAGAGCAUGUACCUGAUGAGGAAAACCUGACUGAGGAACAAAGACAUCAUCUUACUAGUAGUCCUUUAGAAGUUGACAUAAAGUUGGAUGAAAACAGACAUUGUGCAAAAUCCCCUGGAUUGUUGCCACCUUCUGACUCCCUGUCACAGAUUUCCAGAGGUUCCAAGCUGUUCAGGAGUGAGAAAGCUUGUGCACUGGCAAAAGCACUUAGUGAAAGACUGGUCGAGGGUGCCAUCUUGGCAGGCAGUCGAGACAACAUCACAGUUUCGGUGGUCCUGUUGAAUGGUUGCCCACUUCAGCUGUUCCUUCUGCCAAAAAUUUAA